AGACAAAACGGUCCCAAACCCAAACCCUUUACCCUCCAUUCCCUAUCCCCUCCUUAAAACACAAAAUAUCGGAGACUGUAAUGAGUGGAAGCAUGGAGUGCAGUGGAGUGCUGGCUUUUCUACCAUCAACACCUUCAAAGGUAUGCAAAAGCACCUCUCUUUCUUGCUCUUUGCAUCAAUCUGCACCCUCUACUGCCACUACUGAACUUAAAAACAACAGUACUGAUUGUAGUGAUAAUGCUCCACAAAAAUUUAGUUAUAGCAGAGCUUCACCGUCAGUCAGAUGGCCUCAACUUAAACUGAAUGAAACCUAUCAUUCUUCUCCACAAACCCAAUUCACUGAAAUGUCUAAAGAUGGAAUCUUGAAUCAUUCAUCACUUGAUCAAUUGACUGAAAUGUCUAAAGAUGAAAUCUUGGAUGUGGGCUCUUUCGAACUGAGUGAUGAUGAUGAUGAUGAUGGGAGUCAAGAAGAAAAGUUGAGGUGGAGGAAAAGUAGGACUAGAGUUAAGAAAAUGAAUAAAUUAGCACUUAAGAGGGCUAAAGACUGGAGGGAGAGGGUGAAAUAUUUGACUGAUAGGAUUUUAGGAUUGACACAAGACCAGUUUGUGGCUGAUGUUCUUGAUGAUAGGAAAGUGCAGAUGACACCAACUGAUCUUUGUUUUGUGGUUAAGUCUGUGGGCCAAGAAAGCUGGCACCGGGCGUUGGAGGUCUAUGAGUGGUUGAAUUUGCGCCAUUGGUAUUCCCCCAAUGCGCGGAUGCUAUCCACAAUUUUGUCUGUUCUGGGAAAGGCCAAUCAAGAGGCAUUGGCCGUGGAAGUAUUUAUGAGGGCUGAACCUUCAGCUGGGAAUACUGUGCAAGUUUAUAAUGCCAUGAUGGGUGUAUAUGCGCGGCGUGGUAGGUUUAAUAAGGUCCAAGAACUACUUGAUUUGAUGCGUGAAAGAGGGUGCAAGCCAGACCUUGUAAGUUUCAAUACAUUGAUAAAUGCUCGAUUGAAAGCUGGUGCAAUGAUGCCUAAUUUGGCUAUUGAGCUCUUAAAUGAAGUGAGAAGAUCUGGGCUUAGACCAGAUACAAUUACUUAUAAUACUCUUAUCAGCGCUUGUUCACGGGCAUCGAAUUUGGAGGAGGCUGCUAAGGUUUUUGAUGAUAUGGAGGCACAUCAUUGCCAACCUGAUCUUUGGACUUACAAUGCCAUGAUUUCAGUUUAUGGAAGAUGUGGACUGUCUGGCAAAGCGGAGCAGCUUUUUAAUGACUUGGAGUCAAGAGGGUUUUUUCCAGAUGCUGUGAGUUAUAACUCAUUGUUGUAUGCUUUUGCAAGAGAAGGGAAUGUGGAGAAAGUGAAAGAGAUUUGGGAGGAAAUGGUGAAAAUAGGGUUUGGCAAAGAUGAGAUGACGUAUAACACUAUGAUCCACAUGUAUGGGAAGCAAGGUCAGAAUGAACUAGCACUACAACUUUACAGGGACAUGCAGUCAUCAGGCAGGAAUCCUGAUGCAGUUACAUAUACUGUUUUAAUUGAUUCGUUGGGGAAGACAAACAAAAUAGCGGAGGCUGCAGGUGUGAUGUCAGAGAUGCUGAACACUGGAGUUAAACCUACCUUGAAGACAUACAGUGCUUUGAUUUGUGGGUACGCCAAGGCUGGGAAACCAGUGGAGGCUGAAGAGACUUUCGAUUGCAUGCUCAGGUCUGGAAUUAGACCUGACCAUCUAGCAUACUCGGUUAUGCUGGACAUCCAUCUAAGAUUUAAUGAGCCAAAGAGGGCAAUGACUUUGUACAAGGAAAUGCUUCAUGAUGGUAUCACACUGGAUCAUUCCCUUUAUGAGUUGAUGCUACGAACUCUUAGGAAGGUAAACAAAGUGGAAGAUAUUGGAAGAGUUAUCAGAGAUAUGGAAGAAAUAUGUGGCAUGAACACACAAACUAUUUCUUCUAUUCUUGUCAAGGGUGAAUGCUAUGAUGAAGCUGCAAAAAUGCUGAGACGGGCAAUCAGCGAUCACUUUGAAAUAGACCGUGAGAAUUUGUUGUCUAUUUUGAGUUCAUAUAGUUCAUCUGGGAGGCACGCUGAGGCACUUGACUUGCUUGAAUUCUUGAAAGAACAUUCUCCCAGGUCCAGUCAAAUGAUUACUGAAGCUUUGGUUGUUAUGCUUUGCAAGGCUCAGCAGUUGGAUGCUGCUUUAAAGGAAUACAGUAAUAAUAGAGAACUUGGUUUUACUGGGAGUUUUACCAUGUUUGAAUCCUUGAUUCAAUGCUGUUUAGAAAAUGAACUCAUUACUGAAGCUUCUCAGGUUUUUUCUGACAUGAGGUUCUGUGGCAUCAAAGCAUCUGAAUCUCUCUAUGAAAGCAUGGUGCUUUUGUAUUGUAAAAUGGGGUUCCCUGAAACAGCCCAUCAUCUAAUUGAUUUUGCAGAAUCAGAUGGCAUAUUAUUGAAUAAUAUAUCCCUUUAUGUCAAUGUGAUUGAGGCAUAUGGAAGAUUGAAGCUAUGGCAGAAAGCAGAGAGUGUAGCGGGGAAUUUGAGACAAAGGUGCAUCACUGUGGACCGUAAAGUCUGGAAUGCUUUAAUUGAAGCUUAUGCUGCAAGUGGCUGUUAUGAGCGAGCCAGGGCUAUUUUUAAUACGAUGAUGAGAGAUGGCCCUUCUCCAACUGUAGAUACCAUUAAUGGUCUCUUGCAGGCUCUGAUUGUUGAUGGAAGAUUGGAUGAGCUUUACGUGGUAGUUCAGGAGUUGCAGGAUAUGGGUUUUAAAAUAAGCAAAAGUUCUAUUCUUUUAAUGCUCGAUGCAUUUGCAAGGGCUGGGAACAUAUUUGAAGUGAAGAAAAUAUACCAUGGAAUGAAGGCUGCGGGUUAUUUUCCUACCAUGCAUCUUUACAGGGUAAUGGCUCGGCUGUUAAGCAGGGGAAAACAGGUAAGGGAUGUUGAAGCCAUGCUUUCUGAGAUGGAAGAAGCAGGAUUCAAGCCUGAUCUUUCUAUAUGGAAUUCUGUGCUCAAGAUGUAUGUGGCAAUUGAAGAUUUUAGGAAGACAAUUCAAGUUUACCAAAGGAUCAAGGAGGAUGGGCUGGAGCCAGAUGAGGACACUUACAACACAUUAAUUGUGAUGUAUUGCAGAGAUCAUAGACCAGAGGAAGGUUUCUCACUGAUGCAUGAAAUGAGAGUGGCAGGAUUGGAGCCUAAAUUGGAUACCUACAAAAGCUUGGUUGCAUCAUUUGGCAAGCAGCAGUUGGUGGAGCAAGCAGAGGAGCUUUUCGAGGAGUUACAGUCAAAGGGAUGUAAACUAGAUCGCUCCUUUUAUCAUACAAUGAUGAAAAUAUAUAGAAAUUCUGGAAGUCAUUCUAAAGCUGAAAGACUGUUUAGCAUGAUGAAAGAUGCAGGAGUGGAACCCACUAUUGCCACAAUGCAUUUGCUUAUGGUCUCCUAUGGCAGCUCUGGACAGCCUCAGGAGGCUGAAAAGGUUCUUUCUAAUUUGAAAGAAACAGGUUCAAAUCUCAGUACGCUACCCUAUAGUUCUGUUAUUGAUGCUUAUCUCAGAAAUGGAGAUUACAACAUCGGAAUUCAGAAAUUGAUACAGAUGAAGAAAGAGGGUCUGGAACCAGAUCACAGAAUAUGGACAUGCUUUAUUAGGGCUGCAAGUUUGUCCCGGCGCACAAGUGAGGCCAUUGUCCUUCUAAAUGCUCUCCAAGAUGCUGGAUUUGAUCUUCCAAUCAGGCUUCUAACAGAAAAACCUGAAUCAUUAGUUUCAGCACUGGACCGGUGCCUUGAGAUGCUAGAAACCCUGGAAGACAAUGCUGCCUUUAACUUUGUCAAUGCAUUAGAAGAUUUGUUGUGGGCAUUUGAACUUCGAGCCACUGCUUCAUGGGUUUUUCAGUUGGCCAUCAAGAAGAGAAUAUAUCGUCAUGAUGUGUUCAGGGUAGCUGACAAGAACUGGGGAGCUGAUUUUAGAAAGCUGUCAGGUGGCGCAGCUCUUGUUGGUCUUACUUUAUGGCUUGACCACAUGCAGGACGCAUCCUUGCAGGGAUGUCCAGAAUCUCCAAAAUCAGUUGUUCUGAUAACUGGGACAGCUGAAUACAACAUGGUGUCCCUUGACAGCACACUGAAGGCGUGCCUUUGGGAGAUGGGUUCCCCAUUUCUUCCUUGUAAAAGUCGGAGUGGGCUCCUUAUAGCCAAGGCCCACUCCCUCAGGAUGUGGUUAAAGGACUCUCCUUUCUGCCUGGACCUCGAGUUAAAAAAUGCCCCAUCUCUCCCGGAAUCAAACUCAAUGCAGCUAAUAGAAGGAUGCUUCAUAAGGAGCGGUCUUGUUCCUGCAUUUAAGGAGAUAAAUGAGAAGGUUGGGUUUGUGAGACCAAAGAAAUUUGCUAAGUUUGCUUUACUAUCAGAUGACAGAAGAGAAAAGGCCAUUCAAGCAUUUAUAGAGGGUGGGAAAGAAAAGAAGGAAAAGAUGAAGAAGAGGGGAGAGCUUGGUAAGAAAAGGAAUAUCAAGGUCAUGCUCAGAAAAAGGAAGUUUACUCGGCAAGCCAUGCCAUCAAACAGGGGGAGAAUAGCAUAGACUAUAAAAAUAUAAAAAAUGGAGCAGAAUCACCGAAUGGAACGAUGGCGUGGUUGUACUGGAAUAUAAUAAGCUAUGCAUCUUUCCUGAUUUCUUGUGCUUUCAAGUCAAGAUGAACUAAUAUCAUAGUGUAUUUAACUUAAUGGAUGAUUCAAAAAAUGAAGCAAGAAAAUUUGAAGGACUUCCAACUCACAAUAUGCAGUGAUACAUAUCCAGCAUCAUUCUUGGCUUAUCAGUUCAGCUGUGGGUAUCUCAUUCCGUGCAGCUCAUCACAGUUCACAGAACUACACGUGAUGUAUGCAAUCACUAGAUGAUUGAUAGAAGGGUGAUGCUUACAGUUUUGUAGUGGUUCUCCUAGAGCUUUCUGCGGAGAGGAAAACUAUGGAUCAUACCAUGCAAGCAAACAGCAUAGACUUGUUACAUGGGCUACCCCAAGACUGAGUGGAGUCAUAGUUGAAUAAUUUAUAUAUCCAAAGCUGAAGGGAGAAUAUCCACCUAAAGGAGUUGACAAGUUGGCAGCUUUGCAGCAUCAUAUAUGCAGUAAGAAGCUGAGUUCCAGUUGAGUAUGUGCAUUGUUGCAAGGCACUAUAACCACUUCCGAAGGCAGCUGGUGCUCUCUUGAGACCUAAACCAAACUCAGUUUCUUGCGUGGGAAUUUCUGCAACUUUUGCGCAAUUGGUUUCACUGCAUGCAGAUUUCCUGUCCAACUCUUUAUAUUUUUUAAACUUUUCAUAUAACGUGUUGGGGGUGUGGAGGCUUGAGUUUUACUCUAACUAUCAGUGCCCCUGAUGCUUUGUUGGAGUUGUUGCUUGCUGUUAGUUGCACCAGUGACCAUACUGCUGAUUUUUCAAGUGAUGAUGGGAUUGCUGGUGCAGAUUUCCUUUCUUUUAUUUUGAUAUCCAACCAUAUUUGUUAAACCGGCCAUGCCCGGUAGGUUGACUCGAAGCUUGACCUUGCUGGUUUCAAGUUAAAUUAAAAAAAUAUUAACUUAAUGAAAUUUGAUUAACUCA